AUGACACAACCGCAGAAGACGAUCGCCGUGGUGAAUGCCGCCGGGCGACAAGCGGCGUCGUUGAUUCGAGUCGCGUCGGCCGUGGGAUAUUCUGUUCGCGCGCAGAUUCAUUCACUCAAGGGUAUCAUUGCGGAUGAAUUACAGACCUUGCCCAACGUGACCCUCCUGCAGGGCCCCCUCCUCGGCAAUGACCGACUGAUGGACGAGCUCUUCAAGGGCGCCUCGUUCGCCUUCAUCAACACUACAUCGCAGGCCGGCGACGAGGUCGCUAUCGGCCGCGCUCUAGCCGACGCCGCCAAACGCUCCGGUUCCAUCACCCAUUACAUCUACAGCAGCAUGCCAGAUCACUCCGUACACGGCCCUUGGCCCGCCGUCCCGCAGUGGGCUCCCAAGUUCACCGUCGAGAACUACGUGCGCCAGCUGUCUCUUCCGGCGACUUUCGUCUACGCCGGAAUCUACAACAACAACUUCACCAGUCUUCCAUACCCGCUGUUCCAGAUGGAACUCAUGCCCGACGGCAGCUUCGAGUGGCACGCACCCUUCGACUCGGAGACCCCGCUCCCUUGGCUGGACGCCGAGCACGACGUCGGUCCGACGCUGCUACAAAUCUUCAAAGAUGGCCCGAAGAAGUGGCACGGUCAUCGAAUCGCACUCACUUUCGAAACCCUCUCCCCCAACCAAGUGUGCGCGGCCUUCUCGCGCGCUCUGGGCCGCCCAUGCCGCUACGUGCACGUGUCUCAGAUCGAGAUCAAAGUCAACAUCCCGCCGGGUUACAGGGAACAGCUGGAGACGCUCGAGGUCCUGUUCGGCGAGUUCAACGCGCCCUACUUCCCGCAGCCCGAGUUCUCGCAGCCGGCCGCGGGCUCGCCCAAGGGCCUGGGUCCGGCCGGUGGAAAGGGCGCUGGCGCCGGUAUGAUGCAAGGGCCGGGCGGUGUAGUCUCUCAGCGCGUGACGGACGAGGCUCGGCAUCUGUGGCAGGGUUGGCGCGACAUGGAGGAGUAUGCGCGCGAAGUAUUCCCAGUGGAAGAAGAAGCAAACGGACUAGACUGGAUGCUCUGA